AUGACAGCCGACCAGAAAACCGAAACGAACCACCUCGAGAACGUCACUUCCACCGAACCGGCCCCCCACGAUGACAGUCCCCCCACCACAUGGGAGGCAUUACGCCAGAACCCAUUGAUCAUUCUCUUCUGUCUCUACGCGAAUGUCGGAGCGUUGAUGUAUGGCUUCGACAACCUGGUCCUGUCGCUGUCGCUGCAAAAGUUCGGUUCGUUGGUCCAUGGAACGUAUACUAUCCCGGCAUACUGGCAGUCGCUGUGGAAUGCUCUUUCGCAGGUGGCCACCAUGAUCGGGUCGACGGUCGGGGGAUUCAUCUCGGACCGUCUGGGGAGACGGGUUGCCUUUCUGGUGGCCGCGUGUCUGUCGUCUGCGGGAUUCGCGGUCGUGUACACCGCGAACACCCCCGGUGUGUUUCUUGCGGGCAAGAUAAUCAAUGGACUGGCACUGGGGAUUGCCUUGACCACAGGACAGACCUAUGUGUCGGAGAUCACUCCUCUUCCGCUCCGUGGUAUCGCCCUGUCGGCGUACACCUUCUGCAUGAACCUGGGCUACAUGAUCGCCGCAUCCGUGGCUCUGCCCCGACUGACGAUGACCACCGACGCAGCAUACAAGGUCCUCUUCGCCUGCGGCUGGGUCUGGCCCGGCCUCCUCUUUCUUUUCCUUCUUCUCGUCCCCGAAUCCCCGUAUUUCCUCGUCGCCAACGACAAACCCGCGCACGCGGCGCGCGCCCUCACGCGCCUCGGCACCAACCCCGCCCGCAUCCCCGCCCUCCUCGACGAGAUCAUCCGCACCAACGAGGAAGAAAAGCGCCGCGCCGCGCAGUCCAAAGAAGCUUCCUUUCUGGACUGCUUCCGCGGCCCCAACUGGCGCCGCACGCGCAUCAUCCUGUACUGCAACGCCCUGCCGCAGGUGAUCGGGUCGAGCUUCAUGACCAACGGGCCGUACUUCCUGGUGCAGGCGGGCAUGUCGGCGGCGAAGAUCGGGAUGAUGACGGAGAUCGGGAUUGCGUUUGGCAUUGCCAGCUCCUUGCUGACGGGGUAUGUGAUGACGGUGUAUGGACGACGCACGCUGGUGUUGUUUGGGAUGGGGCUGUCGACGGGGUUGUUUACGGUGAUGGGGAUUGCAGGGUGUUUUCCGCAUUCGAGUGCUGCGUUGUGGGUGGUUGGAAUCUUUCUGCAGUUGUCGUGGUGGGUUUACGGCCCCGCCAUCGGCCCUGCCAUGGCGAUUGCGGGCGAGGUCUCGGCCGUGCGACUGCGCGCCAAAUCCCUCGCCCUCGGCUUCACCUUCAACUAUUUCUUCUCGACCGUGUGGAACGUGAUCAUGCCGUAUCUGUACAACUCCGACGAGGCGGAUCUCGGGGGCUUGAUCGGGUGGAUCUUCGCGGGAAUGGGGGCGGUCAUGUUUGUGGUGUUGUUCUUUGAGUUGCCCGAGACCCAGGGGCGGUCGUUUGAGGAGCUGGAUGAGAUGUUCACUGAAAAGGUGGCGACGCGGCGGUUUGCGGAGUUUCAGUGCUCGCGGGUGAUGAUGGAGUAUGUGCCGAAGGGGGUAGAUGAGUAG